AUGUUCUUUCUCUACGUAGCAACAGCGGUCCUACCGUAUACUCUGGCAUUUUCCCCCUCGUUACUACCAUGUCAGGUGCAGAAGCCUGCAACCCAAUCAACGCUGUCCGGCUGUCCACCCAGAACUAUCUUGGUAUCGAAUGACAACAUAGAUCCUGAUGCAUCUUUCAGCAGUAUCCAAGAUGCGAUUCUGUCUUUACCGGACCUGGGUCACGCGACGAUAUUAAUUGCGGAGGGACAGUAUCAAGAGGCUCUCAACAUUACUCGCAAGGGCCCUCUAACUCUCUUAGGCCAACUGCCAGCUGGGGACACGAUAGUGCCAUUCGCCAAUGGGUCUGCUUCGAACCUAGUCCAAGUAUGGAAUAACGAGUUCGUCCAUACUGGAAUGGAUGAUGCUGACUCUGCUGUGCUGACCGUCGCGCCCUCGUAUGAGGCUGCGUUGAUUGGCUCUGGCCCUACCGGCGCUCCCUUACAGCCGCUCUUCGGAAACACUGACUUCAAGGCGUAUAAUAUCGAUUUUCAGAACCGCGCAGCGAACUACGCUAUUUCGCAAGCCCUGGUGACGGAUAUUUCUUACGCAAACGCCUCUUUCUACGGAUGCUCGUUUGCUAGCUAUCAAGAUACAUGGUACACCGGCCGGAAUGGAAGCACAUAUGUCUUCGAUAGCGUCAUAUACGGCCAAACAGACUAUCUUUUCGGAUUCGGCACUGCCUGGUUUCAGAACGUUGUUCUUGCUAAUCGCGCGUGCGGUGGCGGUAUCGUCGCGUGGAAAGGAACAAAUUUAACAGAUGCACCCGGAAACCGGUACGGUGCAUACAUUUCUGACUCUCGGAUCAUUCGAUCUCCCGAUGCGAACGCGACUACCGACAUAACCGAGAAGUGUUACCUUGGUCGGCCUUGGAAUGACCUGGCCACUACUGUGUAUCUUAGCACUUACAUGGAAAAUAUUAUCCAGCCCGCUGGGUGGACUCCCUUUGAUUCUGCCAGACCCGAGAUUCUGAACACGACAUUUUACGCCGAGUUCAACUCUUCAGGGCCUGGGGGCAAUACUUCUUCUCGCAUUUCGCUGGAGCAUAUUUUAACUUUUGACGAAGCACAAAAUUUCACGGUUGACAAGGUCUUCCUGGAGCAUCCAUCAUGGAUCGAUUAUUCGUAUCUGUCGUCCUUUGAGCAGUAG